AUGGAGCAGAAGGUCCAGCCCCAGACUGCGAAAGACCCGCAGGCCAUUGCCGCCGCCACUUUUCUAAGAGAGCACACGUUGCUGAAACAACGACUAGGAAUCAACUCAUCGGAUGGCUCAACCUCAGACUUUUUUAGAUACAAGAGAUGUAUAAGAGCUUUGAUUGGUUCUGACUAUACGAAGGCUGCUAGUUCCAACAAGCUACUGCCUCCCAUAGACGGAGACGAGGCUAAGGCCCAACAGGUGUUCAUCUUGUUAAUCAAGAACCAGCUUAUAAUACCGGUCAAGAAACUCACCUCCAAAGAAGUCAGAGAGAAAGGCUCGAAACCAAUCAGAGGCAAACCGACUUUGGAGCCAAUCCAACGAGCUGUGCUGCAACCAAACGAAUAUUACGCAUGGAACUUCCGGAUCCCCAACCCAUUCCUGGCCCUAUAUGCCGUUCUCGGAGUAGUUGCCAUAUUUGGAGUGAUUCUGUUCCCACUAUGGCCUAUGUUCAUGAGAAAAGGUGUGUGGUAUUUAAGUACUGGUUUGCUGUGUCUUAUCGGUCUGUUCUUUGGAUUGGCAGUGGUGAGAAUUAUUCUGUAUGGGUUCACAGCCAUCUUCAUGUCGCGCGGAUUUUGGAUUUUCCCUAAUUUGUUUGAAGAUGUGGGCAUUAUUGACAGUUUCAAGCCUCUUUAUGGCUGGGAUGAGCCCAAGAAGGGCAAGAAGGCCAAGAAACCUAGCUCCGCUGGGUCCGCAGAUUCAGAUGCUUCUCCAAUAGAAGCCUCGCCUGUCGCCUCUACUACCACACAAGCCAAACCUGCUAAAACCAAGGCCAAUCGUCGUCAUGAAGUGACACUGGAGAGUAUCGAAUGA